AUGAAAAGGAAUAAAAAUGAUGAUAAUAACUACAGUGACGUGAAGAGUAAAGAAAAUCAAAAUGAUAAUAAAAAAAAAUGCAAAAACAAAAAUAUAAAUAAAAGUAACAGAAAAAUAAAGAAAAUAUUGAUAAGAUCCUUAAGAAAAAAGUUAAAGAGUAAUUUAAAGAAAUUAAAUGAACAACAUGAAUAUUUAGAACAUAUUUUGAAAAAUAUAAAUUAUUUAAAAUUUGAUAAUGAAAACCAACUGCAAGAAUAUUAUAAUGAAUUAAAAAAUAUUUCGAAAGAAUUAAAAAAUGCUUAUGAAAUAAAUAAUGAUGAUAUAGCAUUAUUAAAAAUUGAAAGAGAUUUAAUUAAAUCUGAAUUCACAAAAAGUAGGAAAAGUUUAAAAAUAUUUAAUCAUCAUAUUCCUGAAGAAUGUUUAGAAGAUGAAGAUAUGAUAGGAUGUGAAAAAGAAAAGAUUGGAAAAUGUGAAAAACGUAAAAAGAAAAAAAGAAGAAAUAGUACAAAUCAUUCUCAAAAUUAUAUUAAUUCAUUAACACCUUUACAAAAUUUUCAUGCAAACUCUUUAUGUGUGAAAUGUAAAUGUGAACAUCAUCGUUUUUCAGCUGAAUAUUUAAAUAUAAAAAAUUCAGUAGUUCUAGAUUUAUUUAAUACGUUAUCAAAAAAUAAAUAUUUUAAAGAAACAAAUAUUUGUGAACAAAGUUUUUUUUAUCAACAAUGUAAUCGAAUAUAUAAACAAGAAAAAAAAAAGUUAAUAAAAAAUGGUAUGCUACCUUGUUCCUCUCUUUUGAAGAGGAAAAAGAAGAUAAAACCAAAAAAUAAUAAGGAAGAAAAUCAAAACCAAUUAACUGUGGAUUUCUCUAACUUGUGGGAAGAAAAGGAGAACAUAAAAAAUGUUCAAUCUAUUGAUGAUAGUAAUGAGAAUAAGAUAAGAAAUAAUUAUGAACAUAUAAAAUGUGAUAUAUUAAAUGGAGAUAAAGUAGUAAAUAAUGAUAAUAUGUUAAAUGAUAAUCACAUGACAAAUUAUGACCAUACAAUGAAUAAUAAAUAUAAUAAUAAUAAUAAUAAUAAUAAUAAUAUUUAUAGUAAUAAUUUUUGUGCUUUUAAAUAUUCGCAUGAAAAAUACUCAAAUAACAGAUUCGGAAGCCAUUCGAAUAAAACAUGGAAUGACAGCAAUAAUGUAAACAAUUAUAUAUCUAAUAUGUUAUAUGAAAAUAAUAAAAAUAAAGUAUACUGGUUCGAUAUGAAUAAGUCUAUAAAUAAAGAUGUAAAGAAAUAUAAUGUAAGAAAUAAUAUACAUAAUAUGUUACAUUUCUUUACUAGUAUAAGUAAAGUAUAUUAUUGUGAAGUUGUUAAUAAAAAAAGAGAAAAAAUUUUAAGUAAUGAUGAUUAUAAAAAUAAUUCAAUGGAGAAGUUUUAUGAUUAUGUAUUUGCCGAUGAUUCAUGUGAUGUUAUGUCUAAUGAUGAUAUCGCAAGUGAACAAAAUAAUAAUAACAACAAUAAUAAUAACAAUAAUAAUAACAACAAUAAUAACAAUAAUAAUAAUAAUAAUAUAUCUUUUUCAAAUCAUGAUGAUUAUUAUAAUAAUGAAUCGAGAAAUAAUUAUAUCUAUAUAUAUAUUAAAAGAGAAUAUAUUCCAGAAUAUUUAUUUAAUAUUAAAAAAAAAAUUAAAUUAAUUUUAAAUUUUUCUUCAAGUGAUAUGGAUAAUGUUCAUAAUAAAAAUUGUCCUUUUUAUUCAAAGAAAAAACACGAUAAUGAUCAAAAAAAAAUGUAUAGUAAUCAAUUAUAUGAUAAUAAUAAUAUUUAUUGUAAUUAUUGUAAUAACUGUGUUGACGAUAAUGUAAAUUACUAUGUAACCCCUGAACAAAAGAAAAAAAGAGGUAGACUUAAUAGUAAAAAGAAAAAUAUACAAAAAGGUGAGAAGAAACAUAAGUUGAAAAAAAAAAAAGAUCUUAGUUUUAUUGAUUAUAUUAAAAAGGAAGAGAGAGAAAAGAGAAAAAAGCAAAGACAAGACCAAGAAAAAGGGAAAAAGAAAAUACAAACGAAAAUAGAAAAACAAAAUGGUAGUAAAGAAGACCAUAUGUAUGACCCACAGUUUGAAGAUGAUGGUCAUGAUAAUGGUGAUAAUAAUGGUGAUAAUAAUGAUAAUAACCAUCAUAUGAAUAAAAAAAACAUCUAUCCAAAAAAAAGCUGCCCUUUUGGUUUUAUAUGUAAAUAUAAACAUUUCUUUAAUAAAGUUAAGAAACAUAAAAUGAAAAGAAGAACUGUAAAGAAACAUAUUAAAUAUGAUCAUGAUAAUGAUUAUGAUCAUAUAGGAUUAGAUGACAAUGUGUUAUAUAAUAAUGUCAUAUUAAAUUUUCUGAACAAAUUAAAUAUAGAAGAAGAAAAUGAAAAGUAUCAUUAUUUUUACGUUCAUAAUAUUGAAUAUGAUAAUUCGAAAUAUGAUAUUGUAAGUAUUAGAAGAGAUAUGGAAAGAAUUCUAAGAAAAAAGGAGAAAAAAAAAAUUACGUCCUUUUCACCUGUGCUAUUAUUAAAUUAUGUAAAUAAAAAAUAUUCGUUCAUUAAAAUUAUAAAGAAGGAAAAGAAAAAAGAAAAAAAAAAUAUAAAUAAAAAUAUAAAUAAAAAUAUGAAUGAUGAAGAUAAUAAUAAUAAUAUUAAUGGAGACAAUAACAAUUCAAAUGAAAAUAUUAUCAAAAAAAAAAGAGGGAGAGGAAGAAAAAGGAAAAACCCAUUACCAAAUGAAAAACAAACAGAAGGGGAUAAUAUUUUGAAUAAUAAUGAAGAAGAAAAAGGUGAAAACCAAAAAAAAAAAAAAAAAAGAAAAGAAAAGAAAAAUAUAGAAGAAAAAAAUAACUCAACAUUAAAUAAUAAUAAUAAUAUGAAAGAGUAUAAAAAUAAGAAAAUAUAUAUAAAACGUAAAAAUCGUGUACAUAAAAAAAAAGGAGAUUUCUUUUUUGAUGUUUCAUUUUCGUUUGAAGGUAUGAAAAAUAAUUUAAUAAAAAGAGAAGAAGUAGAAGUACAUUAUUUAAAUAUAAACAAAUAUAUGUUAAGUUUUAAUGAUACAAAUGAUGAAGUAACAUUAAAAUAUUAUUUAUCUCAUAUGCAGAAUAGGGAUUUUAAUAUUGAAAUCAUAAAUAAAAAAAUGCCUAUAGAAAUUGUACAUUUCUUUGAUUAUUAUAUAAAUAGAAAAAAUCAGUUAGAUAAAACCAUGAAAGAGCAUAGCAAAAUAUAUAAACAAAUAUAUAAAUUAUGGAAAGAAGAUAUAGAUAUAAAUGAAAAAGAAAAUGAACAAAAAAAUAUUUUUACAUGGGGUAUAUUACCAGUACGUGCAUACGAUCAUCCAAAUAUAUUUGUUCCAUUACCUUGUGGAUUUAAGCAUAAUAAUAAAAGCUUGGCAUAUUAUGCAUUAUCUAAUGAUAAGAAAAAGAGUGGUGAUAAAAAUAUAUUAGAAGAAAAAAAAGAAAAGAAAAAAGAAUAUAUGAAUAUAAAAUAUACUAAUUUGACAGGUCCAUGUAUAAAUUGGCGUAGAAAUUGUAUAUUUGUUAAUGAUAUAAAAAAAAAAAAGUUUUUACACUUAUCAGAAUAUUAUCCAUAUUUCUAUUGUUUGCAGAAUAUUAAACUGUCUUUAUUUUCAUUACAAAGAAAUGUUGUAUAUAAUAAUUUAAAUAAUAUUCUUCAUGUUAAACCAGAUGAACCUUUGAAGGAUAAUUUUGAAAAUAUGAAUAUGCAUAUUCCAUGUAAAAAACAGAGUACUAUAAUAAAAGAUCAUCCUACUGAUCCAACAAAUGUUAAUCUGAAAAACGUGGAUGAGAAUAAUGUGGAUGAGAAUAAUGUGGAUGAGAAUAAUGUGGAUGAGAAUAAUGUGAAUGAUACAAAUAGUGUAAAUGAUAAUACCGUUCAUUUAAAUUAUGCAAAUAAUACAUGUGAUGAAAAAAACUCUGCAGAUACUUUCAAUACUUAUGAUAGUUAUAAUAUAUAUGAUACCGUUGUUGAUGUUCAUAAUAAUAACCAUAAUAACCAAAAUAAAGGUAUUAUUGCUAAUGAUACAAAGAAUGUAUCAAAAGAUAUAGGCAAAAAUAAAAAUAGUAGAGAUAGUUUUACAACUACUACAACAAGCAAUGGUAGUAGUAUUUAUAAGAAUAAUAAAAACAAUAGUAAUAUUAAAGAAGAAAUUGAAGAAAAAGAUUUAUAUAAAUUUUUUACGAAUGAAGAUAUUUUAAAUGAAAAAAAUUAUAUAUGGACUAAACAAGAAAUCCGAACAUUUUUAGAAAAAUAUAUUUUAUAUCCAAAAAAUUUUGAUAAAAUAAGUCAAUAUUUAGAAUGUAAAAAUACGAAACAAUGUGUUGAAUUUUAUUAUCUAACGAAAAAUUUUUUUUCUUUAAAAAAAUUAUUAUUAGUUAUAUCAGAAAGUAAAUUAAAACGAAAUAAAAAAAGUGGUUCAAAUGAACUACAAAAAAAAAAUACUAAAGAAGAAAUGGUAAAUAAAUUAAUGAGAAAAAUUGAAAAGAAUUAUGUAAAAACAGAAUUUGAAGAUAUGAAUUUUAUGAAUUCCUAUUUUAUAAAUGUAAGAAAUUUUUUUAAAAAUUAUUUUGUCAAAUCAUAUAAAAAUUCUCAUUUUAAGAGAAAAAAAAGUCAUAGUCAUAAUAAACAUAAUAAAUCAAAUAAUUAUAAUAAUUAUGAUAUAAAUAAAAGUGUAAUAUUAGAAAAUAUGUCUGAUGGAUAUGUAAUUCCAAAAAAUUAUAAUUUUAUUAUAAGUGCUAAUAGAAAAUUAUGUUUCUUAAUUAAAAAUAAAGAAGAUUUUAUAUAUAAUGGUAUCAAUUCUGAUAUUAUUGAAAUAAAUUAUAAUAAUAACAAUCCACAAAAUGAAUAUUGUAUUUCCAAUGAACCAAAUAAUAUGAUGAAUAAUAAUAAUCUGCCUAUUAAUUGUGUUGAAUAUAUGAAAAAUAAUAAAAUGGAUGGAACUCAAAUUGGAAAUAAAAAAAAAUAUUCUAAUCAUAAUAGUAAUAGUAAUAUUUUUCAUAAUAAUGAUGAUAUGAAAAUUUUUAAUAUGUCACAAUCAGAUUAUGUAAAAAAUGAAAUGUCUCUAUUGGAUAUGAAAAAUAAUAAAGGGAAAAAAAAAAAAAGUGAUAUAUUUAUUUCUAAUUAUUCAAAAAAUUCUGUAUCGAAAGAUACAAAUAAAGAAUCAUCUUAUAAUAUAAUAGAUAAUGAAAAUGUUAUAUAUUUUUCCAAUUUAAAUAAUUCUAAUAGUAAUCCAUUAAUUGAUCAAAAAGGAAAAUAUGAAAAUAAAAAAAUUUUAAUUAAUUCUGAAUCAAAUGAAUAUCAAACUGGAAUAAUUACAACUAAAGGGGAUGACAAAGAAGAUGAAGAAGGAAAGCAACAACAAGAACAAGAACCACAACAAAAAUCACAACAAAUAUCACAACAAAUAUCACAACAAAAAAAACAAGAUUAUCAAUAUGGUGGUCAAUAUAAAAAUACAAAUCAAAUUGAAUAUCAUAAUGGAGAAGACAAAGGACAAGAAGCAAGUGCUUUGAUUUCACACAUAAAAAAUAAAUCUGAAAAGAAUAAAGAACGCGAAACAUGUGAAGAAAGUUUAUUUAAAUGCUUUGAGUUUUUAAAAAAUAUGAACUACAGACUUAAUGAAAAUACAAAUAAAAAUUCUUUACAACAUUCCAAAUCAACAAGUUUUACAUAUGAUCAGAAAUCCAAAAAAGGAGUAAAGAAAAAUAGUAUGCAAAAAGAUAAUAAAAAUGUAAAAAAAAAUAAACAUUUUGCAAAUAUCAAAAAUGUAAGUAUACUUCAAAAAGGAAAAGCAGUUAAAACUAUUCCUAUUAAUAAUAAAACCGCAAGUCAUAAUAAUAAAGUGAUAAAUAACAACAAAUCUGUUAGUAAUAAUAACAAGUCUGUUAGUAAUAAUAACAAAUCUGUUAGUAAUAAUAACAAGUCUGUUAUUAAUAACAAAUCUGUUAGUAAUCAUAGAAAAGUAUCACAAAAAUUAGGGGGAUCCAAUUCUUUUUGUAAGAAAAAUAUAUCGAGUCAACUUGUCUCAAGUAAAAUGAAAGAAACAAAUCCAAAGAGACCAUUAGUAGAUGUACAGGUUGAAAACGAUAUUCCUUUGAAAAAGAAAAGAAUAGUCAAAAAUGAAAAUAAUGAAGAAAAUACUAACGAAAUAGAAAAAAGUACAAAUGAUGCAAAAGCUAAUAAACAAUCACAAGUAAUCAGAAGGAAAAAUAAUGAAGGGCAAUUUUGUGCAAAAAUAAUUAAAGGAGUACAAAACAAAAUGAUAAAUCAAAAAGAGAAGGAAGAUGAAAUGAUAAAUCAUUAUGAUAAUGAAAAAAUGAAGAAUCAUAUUAAUGGAUUCAAAAAAAAUAUUGUAUUGAAUGAAAAGGAAGAAGAAAAAUUCUCUCUUAACCAUAAUGAUGAAAAGAUAUCAUUAUUAAAAAAAAAACAAUAUAAUAAUAAAAAAUAUAUUUCUUCUUCCAUUAUAAAAAUAAAUGGUGAUAUAAAUCAUAAUUCUAUUGACGCACAUUUAAAUAAUAUAAAAAUUAAAAAUAUAGAAACCAUAAGUAAUGAAAACGAACAUUUAUAUACGAAUAAUAAUUAUAUAGAAUUGGUUAAAAAUAGUGAUAUUAUAUUAAAUGGUAAUUAUGUAAAUCCAUCUUCUGAUGGACAAAAAAGAAAGACAUUUCAUAUGAAUUUAGAUAAUAAUAAUAAUAAGUUAAUAGAAAAUAUAUUAAAACCAUAUGUUAAAGCAGAAGAAGAAGAAUUGGAGUAUUCUAAAAAUCUUCGAAAAAUUGCAACAAAAUGGACAGAUGAAGAAAAAGAUAUUUAUUUUAAUAUCUUUGGAAAGGAAGGAAAAAAUUGGGAUGCUCUUUAUGGAGCCUUAGAACCAUUUGGCAAAACAAAAGAUCAAAUAAAAAAUUUUUAUCAAAACACAAUAGCAAAAAGGAAAAAAACCAUAUAA